AUGCAUGCAGGCCCUUCUCCCUCCAAAAGCCCCGCAGAAGCAUUGCCAGCAGCAGCAGCUGCAGCAGCAGCUGCAGCAGCAGCAGCAGGAAUGCCGCUGCAGCAGCAGCGUCUCGCAGCGGCGAUGCAGCAGCACGAAGUGCAGCAGCGGGAGACAGUGGAACAGCUAAAACAACCCCCAACGGAGCAGCAGCAGCAACAGCAACCGCAGCAGCAACAGCAGCAGCACCUGCAAAGGGAGCGGCGGCGGCAGCUCGAGCAGCAGCUGCUGCAGCACGAAAUACUGAAAGGGCAGCAGCAGCAGCAGCAGCAGCAAAGCCGUAUGCAGCAGCAGAAACUCGAAGAGCAGCAACAGCAACAGCGAAAGCCACUGCAGCAACAACAGCAGCAGCAGCAACAGCAGCAGCAGCAACAGCAGCAGCAGCAACAGCAUCAAGAGCAGCAAUGCCAACAGCCCACCCAGAACGGAAGAAUCCCCUCCCUCUCAGACUGA